CAAUCGUAGCCAAGCUACAACACUUGCUGCACUUGUCGAACUCGAGCCUGAGCCUCAGAGUCUAUCGAAGAAUGCUGAGCGCUGAACCGCGGUUAUCGCGGGUCAGCGCUUGUCAACUUACUGUUUCGACAAGUGCCUGAAUCCCAGCGAUCUGUCCCAGCGAUCGUUCCUGGACGUGCGUUAAGUGGCGUGUGAGAUGUCGUUGUGUUAGAAGUUUUUACAGUCAAUGUUUACGGUUUAGCGAUGUGCAGCGAUUGAGCAAGUUUCUGUUGUUUCGUGCUUGUUAGUGUGUUGUUGUGCUCGUACGAAUCGCACAAAUUGAAGAGCCCCACUGAUGGCUUCAAGCUCAAGUCGUUUUCGUCCGAGUUGACAGCUGACAGUCAUUUUCCAGUGACGUGAAUGCCAAUAUCCCGGUUACAUAUCACCAUGUCCAAUUCACUCGUCAAUAGCGGUACCGCACCAUCGAGCCUGUUGAGCACGCUCAGGCAGUUUAGGCCACGAAAGAGAUGUUUGCAGCAAAACUUUGUCUCCGAAAAGCUUCCAUCGCAGAGCAGCAGCAGCCAGAGUCAAACCCACAGUCAUCCUUCAGUGCCGGCCCGAAACGAAAAUGAUACUGUCAGUCCUGGGACUUCGGAAUCAUCUUUGAAGAGGCCAGGCCAAAGCGUAGUAAAAAGUGCAAAUAAGUCUCUUGGCAAUCAACCUGGAGAUUCAGCUGCCAACUUGGAACAGGGUCCAUCCACAUCCACUGGAGUGAAGAGAAAGCUUUCGGAAUCCUGUGGAAAGUCGAGAGUAUUAGGACAGCCUGCUCCAAGCGGCUCAAAAAGGACUGUCAAGAAGGAGAGCAGUGAGGAUGAGAGCUCAGAUGAAGAGGGCACAAAGUACAUGACGGAAAAAGAGAAAAGUCUCAAACAGAUCAUUGAAGAGUUCAAAGGAGCUGACGUUAUGGCUCUCCAAGAUGCCCUGGUGACAUGUAAAUGGGAUGUCUGCGAAACACGGGCAUACCUGCAAGAAAACCCGCCCCGUCGUAUGGCUCCCAACCCUUACCGCAAUGCCCAAUUCAAUAUUUUUCCAACGUCUAGGAGCAGAAAUGUUGAUUCUGACAGUGAAGAGGAGAGAGAACAGUCUCCACAGGCAGCGAUUGCUACAAGGAACAAAGCAUCAGGAAGGAAUGCUACUCGCGAUGAGCCUGAGCCUCAAGUUUCUGCGGAUCCUGAUACGUGUUGUUCACCAACAUGUUGCCUGCAAAGGACUGUGGAGCUUGUGCCCGUGUGUGAGAUAAAGGUUGAAGUCGUCAGCGAUGACGAAGAGCAGAUUGACGGUGACGUCCAUGGUACGACAAGGGACACUGACGAAAGUGACGAAGAAACAGAUAGCACACCUGUAAAAGUUGAACCUUGCAUCGACCAAACAAAUGAAGAAGCAAAGUGUGCACCUGUGAAAAUUGAACCGCGCAUUUGCAUGGGUUUCUUGAACAAUGCUUCUUCCGAUGAACUGGUUACAAUACCCAUCUGCCAGCCGAAACUUGAAGCUGUUGAGGAAAGUGGGCCAGAUGAAACAUGGAAAACAGUGACCAACCAACAAGAACAAGAAGACGUGGCUGAGGGAAAUGACGAUGGUGAAGAAUUUAUACUCCCUACCGAGCACGUCACAGAACAGCCAUCGUCUUCUGUGGAGGAGAAGCAAAUCAAUCCCGGUGAUUUUGUGGCUGUUGAGAUUAAAGAAAACUCCAGCAAGGUGCUCAUGGCGGCAUCUUUGUAUGCCACUGCUCUGCAACAUCGCAUGAGUGUGGAUCGACAACGGCCACGGUUGAGGCGUGUGCAGCCACUAUAGCUUUUGCACUGCCUUGUGGUAGAGAGUGGUCAGAUGUCUUCCCGAAGGUGAUUUUAUUAAAGUAUACACGUACACGGCUGGGUUCUUUUUUGUGCCUGUAUGCGUGUGCGUGCAUGGAAAGUGUAAUGUAAUAGUUGUAAAUAACGUUCAAUGUCAUAUGGGCCACACAAACACCUGAGUAAUUUUAGGUGCUACGGUCGAACCCAUUUAUAAUGAACACGAAGGUGGCGCGGGAUAAGUGGUCGUUAUAUCAGUAGUUUGUUGGAUAUGGACUCGCCCAUAAAAGCAGGCGCUUCAGCCACCACUUUUUUUUUUUCCUGUGUAUCAAUUUUUAAUCAAAAAGUGCUAACAACAACUCUGUUGACAAUUUUAGGCCUUUUCAUGUAUUGAGUGAUGUCUUCUGUGUGCUCACUAGUUAAUUAAACCACGUUCACAAUUAACUCACGCCGUUCUACGCCAUGUUGAACUAAUCAUCCUUGGCUAAUAUUUUCCAAUAAAUUUUGUUGAAUGCUUCUAAAUUCUAUGUUGUAGGUGCGCUUCGAGCUGUCGUUCAUUACCGCGUGGAGCCACGAUUUAAUCGGUGAGCUUUGCAGCUUUCAUAGGAAGUGAAACAGUGAUAUUGCAAUAAAACAACUUGAGCUACCA